AUGGACCACGACUCUCCUAAAAGGUCCUCAAACCAGAGCUCCCCGUUGCUGCGCACCAAUGUGACCCAGCAGCAGAAGUCCGCCAGCAGGCUUUCAAACCCGCACACCAUACAACAGACCUGUAAGAAAGAAUCGGCAAACCCAACCGAGCCAGAAGCACGCGGAAUGGAAGUCGAUGAUCAAGUGGGCAACAUUUUCCUCUUUCAGAGCUCCCAGAUGUCCUUUGAGGAGGUGGCCUUGUUCUUCACAGAGGAGGAAUGGGCUCUCCUGGAUCCGGACCAAAGAAAACUCUACUGGGAAGUGAUGCAGCAAAACUACGAGACCGUGGCGUCUCUGGCUGAAGAUGUGAGGGAAAUAGCAAGCAAGAAGGAAGAAGGAAGGGCAAUUGUGGGGAAAAAUGAAGAUCUGAAGGGAGAAGCAAAACCAGACGGUCAGGUGGUACCAAAGAGGCAGCAGAGAAGCAAAAUGGAAACAAAAGAAAAGCAGAGGAAGAAAUUGCUUGACCAUCUGAGCAGGAAGAUACCCGAGGACCAAGCCCAAGGUGAAAUGCAGACAAAAAAGAGAAGGCCUAAGGGUCCCAUGAAAGUCAAAGCAUUGAGACACAAACUCAGACUUAAAAUAUGUCAGAACUUUUCGACAUGCUGGAAAACAUAUAAACACUUGAAAUGUGGAAAGACCUUUUUUCAGAAUAGCAAGCUGGCUCAACAUCAGAGGAUGCAUAUGAGUGAGAAGCCAUGUAAGUGCUUGGAGUGUGGAAUGAGCUUCUUUCAUAAUGGCAACUGUACUAGACAUGAAAAGGUUCACCCAGGUGGGAAGCCCUAUAAAUGCUUGGAGUGUAGGAAGAACUUCUCUAUGAAUGGCACUCUACCUAGACAUCAAAACAUUUGCACAGGAGAGAAGCCCUAUAAAUGCUUGGAGUGUUGGGAGACCUUCUCUCACAAUGGCACCCUAACUAGACAUAAAAAGCUUCAUAUGGGGAAGAAGCCAUAUAAAUACUUGGAGUGUGGGAAGAGCUUCUCUGAGAAUGGCGACCUAAUUCGACAUCAAAAGAUUCACAGAGGGGAGAAGCCAUAUGAAUGCUUAGAGUGCGGGAAGAGCUUCUCUCAGAGUGGCAACCUAACUAGCCAUCAGCAGGUUUACACAGGGGAGAAGCCAUAUAAAUGCUUGGAGUGUGGAAAGAGCUUCUCUGAGAAUAGCCACCUAACUAGGCAUCAACUGGUUCACACAGGGCAGAAGCAUUAUAAAUGCUUGGAGUGUGGGAAGAGCUUCUCUGAGAAUGGCAGCCUAACUAAACAUCAGAAGGUUCACACGGGGGACAAGCCAUAUAAAUGCUUGGAGUGUGGGAAGAACUUCUCUCAGAGUGGCAACCUAAGUAGACAUCAAAAGGUUCAUAUGGGGGAGAAGCCAUAUAAAUGCUUGGAGUGUGGAAAGAGCUUCUCUCAGAGUGGCAACCUAACUAGACAUCAAAAGGUUCAUACAGGGGCAAAGCCAUAUAAAUGCUUGGAGUGUGGGAAGAGCUUCUCUGAGAAUGGCUACCUGACUAGCCAUCAGCAGGUUCACACAGGGGAGAAGCCAUAUACAUGCUUGGAGUGUGGGAAGAGCUUCUCUGAGAAUGGCAGCCUAACUAAACAUCAGAAGGUUCACUCGGGGAACAAGCCAUAUAAAUGCUUGGAGUGUGGGAAGAACUUCUCUCAGAGUGGCAACCUAACUAGACAUCAAAAGGUUCAUAUGGGGGAGAAGCCAUAUAAAUGCUUGGAGUGUGGAAAGAACUUCUCUCAGAGUAGCAACCUAACUAGACAUCAAAAGGUUCAUACAGGGGCGAAGCCAUAUAAAUGCUUGGAGUGUGGGAAGAGUUUCUCUGAGAAUGGCUACCUGACUAGCCAUCAGCAGGUUCACACAGGGGAGAAGCCAUAUAAAUGCUUGGAGUGUGGGAAGAGCUUCUCUGAGAAUAGACACCUAACUAGGCAUCAACUGGUUCACACAGGGCAGAAGCAUUAUAAAUGCUUGGAGUGUGGGAAGAGCUUCUCUCAGUAUGGUAACCUAACUACACAUCAACGUGUUCACACAGGGGAGAAGCCAUAUAAAUGCUUGGAGUGUGGGAAGAGCUUCUCUCAGAAUGGCAGCCUAACUAAACAUCAGAAGGUUCACACAGGGGACAAGCCAUAUAAAUGCUUGGAGUGUGGGAAGAACUUCUCUCAGAAUGGCCACCUAACUAGACAUCAAAAGGUUCAUAUGGGGGAGAAACCAUAUAAAUGCUUGGAGUGUGGAAAGAGCUUCUCUCAGAAUGGCAACCUAACAAGACAUUCAAAAUGUUCACACAGGAGAGGCUCCAUAUAA